AUGGAGCCCGCCGGGAGCCUCCUGCGGGGCAAGCCCUUCUAUGGGCGCGAGUGGGCGCUGGGCCGGCUGGCGCUGAGCCUGGAGGGGGGCGGCGGGGUGCUUGUCACCGGCGGCCCCGGCAGCGGCAAGACGGCGCUGUGCACCGAGGCGCUGUGGCCCACCUCCGCGCCGGGCCUCCGGGUGGGGCUGGCCGACUCCGCCCUGGCGUGGCACUUCUGCCAGGCGCACGACGCCGACGCCACCUGCACCCCGCGCGGCUUCCUGCUGCGGUUGGUACGGCAGGUCGAGCGCUGCCCGCUGCUGCCCGGCUACCGCCAGCGCCUCCGUCGGGCCGGCGCCCCCCAGACGCUGGAGGCGGCCGCCUGCAAAGAUCCGGACGAGGUCUUCCGCAGAGCGGUGCUGCUGCCCCUGCUGGACCUGCCACCCCCCACAAAGCCUCUGCUGAUCGUGGUGGAUGCCUUGGAUGCGGCCAAGAGAGACCGCCAGGAGGAGGAGGAGGAGGAGGAAAGGGACCCCACCCCGGGGCCCAGCAAGUCCAUUGCCCAACUUCUGGGAAGCCACCUGCGGCUGCUGCCCCCCUGGCUGCUCCUGGUCUGCAGCGCCCGCUCUCACAGCCAGGGAGUGCUGCGCCUCUUUCCUGGAUUCCGACAACUAUGCCUCGAUGACCUCCAGAGGGAACCUGUCAUCUGUGAUGUGCAACAUUACAUUCUCGCCCGGCUGGACCGGGAGGAGGCUCUCCAGCGGCGCUUCACCCAGGACAUGACAGGAGCCCUGACCCAGCUUCACCUAAAGAGCAACGGCUGCCUGCUCUACCUGGAACAGAUAUUAGACAGGGUGAUGGAAGAGUUGGUCCCCCCGCAAGAGGUCCGUCACAUCCCAGGGACGCUGUCUGGACUGUACCUGUGGCUCUGCCAGCACCUCUUCCCACACAACCAGUUUGCCCUGAUCCGCCCUCUGCUAGAGGCCCUUCUGGCAGCCCCUCGCCCACUGACGCCUCGUGAGCUUCAUGCUGCCAUCUGGACAUGCCAUCCGGUGGUUCAGGAGAGCUUUCAGGACCACCUGGCAACCUUGGCAGGGUUCCUUCAGAAGGGCCCAGGGGGUACCUGCAUGUUCUUCCACGUCAGCUUUGCCGAGUGGCUUUGUGACAUCAAGCAUUGUACAUGGAAGUACCACUGUUGCCCAGCCCGAGGGCACUUCCUGCUUGCCAUGAGUGCCUUCUGCCGGGCACCAGAACUAAGCCCAGAGGAGGUGAUUGAUCUGGCCCGGCACUUGCUGGCUUCCGAGCUCGACCUUGAGGCCUGGCAGCUGGCACUGUGGCUGGUGUGGUGCCGGGUGCCUGUGGAGUGCUGCUUAGGGCCAGAACUGCUGGUGCCCUUGGAGCCAGCAGUGCUCGAGCUGCUGGUGCUGGCAGGCGCUCGCCUGGGGGAGCAAGGGCCAGCCCCCUCCCUACACCAUGCCUUGGAGCGGGAGGAUUCUGUGCGGCUGCUACUAGAAAACGGCACCAGCGUUAACCAGCGGGAUGUGGACGGGCGCACGUGGCUGGCUAGUGCCUCCCACAGUGGCAACCAUGAAGUAGUGGGGCUGCUCUUGACUCACGGUGCGCAGCUAGAAGCCCCUGAUCACCACGGACAGACCCCCAUGACCUUGGCUGCUCGCCAAGGACACACAAAGGCCCUGCUUUGCCUGCUGGCCCACGGCGCCAAGGUCGAUUGUGCGGAUCACAAAGGUUGGACAGCGCUGCGUGCGGCUGCCUGGGGUGGUCACAGCGAGGCCAUUGGCAUUCUGCUGCAAGCUGGCGCCAGUGUUGAUUGUGCCGAUACAGAGGGGAGAACAGCACUGAGGGCCGCUGCCUGGGGUGGCCAUGAGGACAUUGUGGCCACUCUGUUGGCGCAUGGAGCAGAUGUCAACCAGGCUGACUCUGAGGGGCGCACGCCACUGAUUGCUGCUGCCUACAUGGGGCACAGAGGGAUUGUGGCUCUGUUGCUGAGCCAUGGGGCUCAUGUCGACCACGCUGAUAUGGAUGGGCGGACGGCCCUUUCUGUGGCCGCUUUGUGCAUUCCAGUGAGCCAUGGCUGUGCCAAAGUCGUAGAGCUUCUCUUAGAUCACGGUGCUUCUCCAGGACAUGCCGACCGGGACAAUGUGACUCCCUUGCUGGUAGCUGCCUACGAAGGCCACGUGGAUGUCGUGGAGCUCUUGCUGGAAGCAGGGGCAGAAGUGGACCAGGCUGAUUCCAGAGGCUGCACCCCACUCUUGGCUGCUUCCUCCAUGGGCCAUCGGGCGGCGGUAGAGACUUUGAUGCUUUGGGGGGCAGCCAUUGACAUCCUAGACAGUGAAGGCCGGACUGCUCUGGGUGUUGCAGCUGGACAAGGCAGCGAAGCCGUUGUCCAGGCUCUGCUCAAGCGGGGCUUGGAUGAAAACCACCCAGAUGGGCUGGGCUGGGCCCCACUGCACUUGGCAGCUUGGCAGGGCCACCACAGGACAUGUGCAGCUCUUUUGGAGGCUGGAGCCCGUGUAGGUGAGCCGAACCGGGACGGCCACGUCCCACUAAUGCUGGCAGCACAGGAAGGACACAUGGAUGCUGUGCAGCUCCUGCUCGAGCACCGCUCCCCCAUCGACCACCAGGGUUACGAUGGGCUCUCGGCCUUGUCUCUGGCUAUGCUGGCCGGACACCACAGCACCGCUGAACUGCUUCUGCGCAAGGGGGCAGAGGUGAACUUGUCUGACUCUGAGGGUCGGCCCAUGCUGUACCUGCUGAUGCUGGAGGGCUGUGUGGAGAUGGCCGAAUUGUUACUGGAGCAUGGGGCUAGGCUGGAGGGGCGGGAUGCCCAAGGCCGCACUGCAUUGCACGUCACCUGCUGGCAGGGGCAGGUUGAGGCCACCCAGCUGCUGCUGAGCUACGGAGCAGACGUGGAUGCCCUCGACAAGGAAUGCCGCUCGGCCUUGCACCUGGCUGCCUGGCAGGGCCACGGGAGCAUCGCGCACCUGUUGCUGGAGAGGGGGGCACGGCCCAACCACAGUUGCAGCCAAGGGGCCACUGCUCUGGGCGUGGCUGCACAGGAAGGCUGGGCUGAUGUGGUGAGGGUUUUACUGGAGCACGGGGCCAGCCCUGAUGUCCGGGACAAGGCAGGCCGCUCCCCGAGAUGGCUGGCAGCCAAGCGGGGCCAGCAGGUUGUGCUGAGGCUGAUGGAAGGUUACGGGGCCUGGCCGGGGCCGGCUUCUCCCCAGCUGGGCUCUCCCAGCAGCUCGGCCAGCAGCCUUGUCCCCCAAGGCAGGGGAGGCAAAUCUCCUGCAGCCUGGCUGGGCUCCACCGAUGAUGCACAGGCCUCCCGUGGCUCUUCAGCCACAAUGUCCAUUUUUCACUCCCUUGCUGCCACCCCCCAAAUAGUUCCAUUGGACUCACUCUCUGGGGCACAACAGAUGCCCCAGUACUCCCCACCCUAUCGGCCCCAGCCAGGCCCCUUAGCCCUUCUGCCAUAUCCAGCUCAGGACAAGCCUAGCAAGGAACCCAGGGGGGGUCUGAUCUCCACUGACACGCUGUCUCCCCACCUGCACCGGAAGGCAGCCAUCAAGCUGCAGUUCGAGGGCCCCACUUGCGGCUAUCACUACAAGCAGGAAACUCCCCUUUGAUCUGGAGAGGGGGGCAAGGCCGGUGGGGCUGGUCGGCAAGAGGUGCAGUCCUCGGUGCGGAGGGCUUUGACGUACAAGGCUCGGAAUGCUGCGGGGGGUCCACUUUAGGACCUCCGGUGCCCACCCCAAGACCUGCUCCAGCUUUGGAAAGGGGGGCCCCAUCCAAGAAGGGGGGGCAGAAGUGCCACAGUGGUGUCAGAGGCAUCCCCUGCUCCAUGGCCAUGUGGGGGGUCAUUUUCCUCUGGGCAGCUGAGAGCCUCCCCCUGGGAAAAGGGGCCAGUGACCCCCAGCUGGCCCUGGCUGGCUUUCUGCACAUAGGCUAACCAUAAAGCUGGCGCACCACACAGUGCCUACGUGCACACAACCUCUAUGCACAAAAGAACCACCAUUACGGGUUAAGAUGAUGCCCUUGUUCGCACAGUGUGCUGGAUCACACAUCACCCAGGCCUUUUACACUGAUCUGUGGCCUCGUGUGAAUUCAGCUGCUGACUCUGGCCCAGAGUGUCUUUGAACAUCUGCUGGGAAGGAAGGAAGGAAGGAGAGGGAGGGAGGAAGGCCCCUGAUGCUUUCCUUCUCCAGCGGGUGGAAAGCCAGCCAGCCAGAGACCUGCUGUGUCCCUGGGGUCUCUGACCACGAGGCCCUUAAACUUGACUACCUCCGGGGGGGGGGUGAUCUGAAAGGGAUGGGGGGGGUGAAGCUCCUCCUGCUGAUGCUUUCUGCCCAAGCAAUCUCCAGAUGUGGGGAAGCAGCUCCCAUCACAGCCCAGGCGACCACUUGGAGCUCUGCUGGGUGGAAAUUAUGGGGUGCCCCAAGGGGAAGAAAA